GGCCAGGUCCCCCCGCAGCACCACGUACUGCACCAGCGCCGCCGCCGCCGCCGCGGAUGCUCCCGCCACCGUCCCGGGCGCCGCCAUGCUGCUGUACGGGGAGGCGUGGCCGCGCAUGCCAGACACUGAAAGCCUUCAGGACUGUCCUUGUGUGGGCCCAACCCGGGAGCCAGACCUGCAUCCAGGCUUCAUGGAGGAAGAGCGUAACAGUGAUGAGAAGGAAAAUGCCCUGCAGGAAAGAUCUCUCAGUGCUGCCUCUCGGGAUGGAGAAUUGCAAAUAUCUGCGGUUCCACUUGCACAAGGGAAGGUGGAAGAAAGGAAAGUGUACUCAGGAGAUGGGGUGUUAGGUUAUCUGGAAAUGCUGGAGGCACAGGCUCACGAGUUAGGCCUGAAGCAAGAAGAAAAGGAGCAGCAAGAAAAGAAGCUUGACAGACUGAAAGCCAGAGUGCAAGAGCUGAGAGCCCAGAGGGAUGAGCUGCGGGCUAAAGUGGAGCUGCAGGAAAAAAGGCUCCUUGACAAAGAAGGAGUUGUGACAGAUCCAGCAAAGCCCAGUGCUCAGACUGUUUUGGAGUGGAAAAUGAAGAGCAUUAAGGCCAUGCUGCAGAUCUUUUACCUUACAGGAAUCAGUGGGAAGCUGACCAAGCACGGAGUGUGUUUCUGCAUCAGCACUGCUUAUGAAGGCACCUACCUGGAUUCCUAUUAUGUGGACCUCCUCAUCAAGCCAGAAGUGAAGAUUCAACGCCACUCUGUCCCCGUCUUCAUCCCCCUGGAGCAGAUAGCCAAGAAGUACCUGCAGACGGACAUCAGGCGCUUCCUGUCUGUCCUGUCCGACCACCUGAACGCUUACGUUGGAAGGAGGCACCAGGCAGACCAGUUAGAGGAACACUUUUCAGACCGCAUAGAAGGAACCUUGCAGAGGAACUCCUUGUGUAACUUGCUGGUCUUUAAUUACAACGUGUCAAGUAACAACAAGACCUUUCUGUUCAAUGUGAGGCUGCUUUAUGGAGACCUUUGUCGCAGCCUCCCUACUGAAGCCAUCAUUUCUUGUGAAACCGGCGCUCUUUCAUUGCUAGCAGAGAUGGCAGCAGCUCACUCAGACGCGUUUCGCCACGUGGCUCUGCACAAAGCCUUCAACUUGCUCUUCAAUGCUAAGGAAAGCCAGGACUGAGCACCGUAAGCCACCUUGGCUCUCUCCAGUUACAUACCUCUCCCGACUUCUUCUGCCCGUGAGGAGCGCUCUCAAAAUGCAAACGUUUGCCAUGGACUGCAGCGCUGCUGCUGGGAACGCCCCAGAGGAGCAAUUGGCCUGCUUUGAAUUUUGAGAGCAAUAUUUCCUUGGUGCUUUUGGGUGUGUAUUGCAGGUAAUCUUUCCUCAGCACUGUGCUUCUGCUUGUCGUUUAAUUCCUGCUCGUGAUGCAUUGCCGUGCUUGGUGCCCCAGAGCUCCACAAUUAUGGGAAAUGUCUCACAAUUGGAGUGAGAAACUAUAUUAAAAUCUCAACAGCUCAGAAAAGCUUUUGAAACAAGAACCCUAUGGCUCACCACUGCACGUAUCCAGGCAGCAGACCUCAGAAAGCAGGGAGCAAGUGGAGUAAUCUGUGCCCUCCUUAUAACAGCCAGGAAAGGACUUCAUGUUAGAAACUGGUAGAAGUUGGAGGACAACUGGGAUUGUUAUGGCAGCCACUGAACCUUCCCCGGACAGAGGUAAGGUUUAAUUAUUGCCAGCAGCAGCCUGCACCCUCAUGUGGGCUGCAUUAACUGUCCCCCAGUGCAUUAGUACUGAACUUUCCAGAAGAUUUCACACCAGCAGUGGCUUUGGACAUCCUGUUUCCUUCUUGUCAUGGCACAGCUUUCCUGGCAUCCCGUCUUGGUGCUUCCAAGUUUGGAUCAGAUCUUAAAAGCUUGCUGUACUUUUAAGAGCACUCUUUAAAUGUGUUAAUUUCAGUAAUAGAGAACUUUUACUGUGGUAUUUUAAAGAAUCUCCUUCUAUUGAUUUUUCUAGACUUAUAACAUGUGGUUGGAACAACA